CAUAAGCUUUUGGGCUGCCCGCAUUUUCUUCCCCUAAACUCUCCCCUCCCCUGUUGAUACCCAUAUUCCCCAACCAGCAAAAGCAACUCGAUCUGCAGAAAUCAGCAUCGGAAGAAGCAAGCAUCCGAUCCAAUCUCCUCCCCAUCUCCCAUGGAUGAAUCCGACGAACACAGCAACGGCAAUGGCGGCGGGCAGCAGCACGGGUACGAGUGGAAGCUUCCGGCGGCGCUGUCGGCGAAGACAACGAGCGUGCACGUGACGGCGCUGGACGGGGUGGUGAACGUGAACUCGCUCUUCACGGUGGCCGUCUUCGUGGGGCUCUCCCUGGCGACCCCCGGCGAGCUCCGCAGCCUGGCGGGCGACCCGUCGUGCGACGCCGGGCCGGAGGUGGCGCGGUCCCUGCUGGUCCUGGAGGUGGUGGCCUUCUCCUCCUUCCUCUUCUCCAGCCUGGUGGCGCAGGGCCUCAAGGUCGCGCUCAACCUCAUCAACUCCAAGGACCCCCAGGCCACGCACGCCCACAUCGACGCCCGCCUGGUCCGGCUCGGGAUGCUGGCCUCCGCCGUGGGCUCCGUCGUCGGCUGCGUCUUCUUGAUGGUGUCCAUGGUGAUGGUCGUGCAGAUCCGGCUCGGCACGCUGGGGUGCACCAGCAACCGUGCCGCUGCCAAGGCCGCCGCGGGGCUGGUCGGGCUCGUCUCCACCGCCCUCGCCCUCUACAUCGGCACCGUCUUCUACACUUUCACUCACUGACCCCAUGAAUCUUGUUUCUUCACACUAGAAUUCAGGUUCCACGGAUCUUGCUUGCCAGUUGCCACUGUCUAGCUUUAUUGUUUUUAGCUUUCAGGCAAGUGCUGAGAUGUUUUAGCAUCUAGUAUUUCUGAUGUUUAUGAAGAAUGUAUUGUUGCAUCGGCGUGCUAUUUAGAGCUUGAUCAGAACACAGGAAUUCACGAUGAUGACAAAUAGUUUUAGA